GUCAGCCACGUACUUUGUCAAGUUGUCUAAAACACCGAACAUUUCACUUUUCACGGCACCUUCUACUUUCGUAAAAAUCAUCAUAUUACUGAAUAGCGAAAGUGUUUCCUGAGUGCAAUGGCUACUAAAUUGUUAGCGUUGGUUCUUAUAUUCGCCUCUGCUGUGUCAGCAGACGAAGAACCUACAAUCGCAAGAUUAUUGGUUUCCAAACAAGUGUUGAACACAUACUUAGUAGAAAACAUGGAUAUUUUAAUUAAAUACACGUUAUUUAACGUUGGGACGGCACCAGCUGUGGACAUAAAGCUUGUAGACAAUGGUUUCCAUCCGGAAGUGUUCACUGUUGUUGGAGGACAGCUCUCCGCUCAAAUCGACAGGAUACCUCCACAAACGAAUGUAUCCCACGUAGUUACCGUCAGAUCAAAUAAAUAUGGUUACUUCAACUUCACAGCAGCUGACAUCACAUACAAAUCCACUGAAGAUGCUGUAGAGUACCAGUACGCUAUCAGCAGUGCGCCAGGUGAAGGCACAAUAGUAGCAUUCAAAGACUAUGACCGCAAGUUCUCAUCUCACAUACUGGACUGGGCUGCUUUUGCAGUCAUGACUCUGCCUUCCCUCGCAAUCCCUUUCGGUCUCUGGUAUUCGUCGAAGAGUAAAUAUGAAAAACUCUCCAAACCCAAAAAGACUCAUUAGAUUUAGGUUUUAAGUUAGUUUAAAUAAAAAUAUUAUUGCUAAUGUUUUUUAAUCAAUGUAGUAGUUAUAAAGAAAUCUGUGCAGACUAUUAAAAUUAAAUGUCUUCCAUCUUA